UUGAAUCUGGGGCCUCUGGAAGAGCAGCCAGUGAUCUUAACUGCUGAGCCAUCUCUCCAGCCCCUGAAAUAAAGAUUUUAAACUGUUUAAAAGAUUUAGAUUUACUUUUCCUAACCAUUAAUAAAAGUAAAUAUAAGCCACGCGUGGAUGCACAAAUCUGUAAUCUCAGCACUCAGGCAACUGAGGACAGAGAAUAAUCAACUCAAGAUUGGUUUGGACUGCAUAGUAAGAGUUUUCCUUAAAAAGAAAUUAAAAAAGGAAACAGAACUGAUGUGCUGGCAUAUUCCUAUAACCGAGGCAUGGAGUGUGAAGCCAGGCUGAUCUCUGUCAGACACGUCCCCCAAAAUUAAAAAGAAACAGAGUGGAGAAUUAGGAUCUGAAUCCUCACACUUGAGACAAUGAGGCAGGAGGCUGUCAUAAGUUGGCAGGACUUAUGACAUGAUAUGGACACAAUAUGGAAGGACAACUGUGGUUAUGCAAUGCAUUCAAGACCAACCUCUGCUACAGAUGAAGGCCCUGUUUCAAAAGGAACCCCUAUGAUCUUAAAAAUAGAAUAAAAGAUGUAAAUAUAAUGUCUAGUUGUGUGGACAUAGCAGGUAGGUACAAAAUCUUGGCUUGACUCUCAGCUCCCAGCAGAAAAGAGUAAAUACAGGAAUAUAUGCACCCUGAGCACUUUAGGUGCCCAAUGUUCAAUUUUCAGCAUGCACAAAAAAGUAACUUUAAAAUAUUAUUAAUACUUGUGGUCUCUCUCAGAUAGCCAUGAAGAAUAGAUCUGUAUUUAUGAUUGAUAAAUGCCUAAUUAUAUUUCAAAUUAUAAGCUCUCAAUUCGAUAGACAGACAGGUCAGUGGAGGAGUAUAGACAGAUGUUGAUAGCUACAAUGCAGUGUGGCUAUAUGGCUAGCAUUAUGUUGGCCUCUGUAUUCACAGGAAGCAAUGCUAUUAAGACACUAGUAUAUAUAUAUUGGGCAGUGGUGGUGCACACCUUUAAUCCCAGCACUUGGGAGGCAGGUAGAUCUCUGUAAGUUGGAGGCCAACCUGGUCUACAGAUAUGAGUUCCAUGGCAGCCAGGACUACACAGAGAAACCUUGUCUCAAAAAAACAACCAAACAAACAAACAAAAACACAAUAUAUUAUCCACUCAAAUUUAAUGUUGAAAUGUAGAGAAAAGGUAAUUACAAAGUGUGUAUUAUCCUGAGGCCAUUUAGAAUCUUGGGAAAUUCAGACCUUGAUGUCAAUGAUUUGUAUAAUGGAAAUCAAACUUUUAACAAACCGGGUGAUUUACACAAGUCCUUCCCAUUAGCAUGAACCUUAAGAGCAACUUUUUGUGAACUAAGAGUAAACUGGAAAUGCAUCAGCCCUUGUGUGGCAUUUUAGCUUUGAACUUGACUUUUUAGCCUUAAGUUUAAUUAGUUAUCACUGACAGGCAGUAAUCUUAGGUCCUCAUCAAAUCAAAUGCAGGUUUAUAUCAAAUAAAUUAUGCCCUAAGCAUGGAUUACUGACCCUAUUGCUUUGCAUUUUUAAUACUCUUUACUUGACAACUGCAUACCCUAGGAAACAUGAAAGCAUGAAUGAGAGCCAGCAGGAACAAAACAAUGCUAGAAUAACUUGAAAGAAUGUAAAAUUAUUAUCAUUAUCAGACAAUCCAGAAUGUAAAAUUAUUAUCAUUAUCAAGCAAUCCACAAUAUACUAAACACGUUCACUGAAAUAGAAGUUAAACUUGAAAAUGUACAGGUAACAAAAAAACUUGUAGGAUAUGACAGAUGGGUAGCUAGAGAGAUUGGCUCGGGCAUUAAGAGUGGGAAUUCUAUUUCCACUACCCAUGCCUGGCUGCUCAACUGUAAGUCUAGCUCUGGGGAAACUGACUCCCUCUUCUGACCUCUGCCAGCACCUGCAUUCAUGAAUGCACAUAUCCACAUGCAGACACAUCAACACGAAUACAACAUAUUCAAUAAGGACAAAAUUAAGCUUCCAUAAUGAAAAACACAUAAAUCAAAAGUCUAAUUUCAAUACAGAAUAAAAGACAAUAAAAACACAGCAAAAUAUUUAGUUGCAUAAAAUAUGUUCAAAUACAAUUCAUACAUUAUGUAACUCAAAAGUUAACACAAUGCAAACACAAGAGGAGAUGAUUAAAAACAUAGGACAGAGUAAAAGUUUUAGCAGACAUACAAAGGGAGAGAUGAGAUUUUUGUUUGUUUUUUUUGUUUUGUUUUAGUUUUUUGAGACAGGGUUUCUCUGUGAAGACCUGGCAUCCUGGAACUUGCUCUAUAGACCAGGCUGGCCUUGAACUCAGAGAUCUGACUGCCUCAGCUUCCUGAGUCCUGGGACUAAAGAUGUGCACCACCACUGCCUGGCAAGACUGAUGAGUAAAUUUCAACCAGAACAGUAUUUGAAGAAAUAAAGACUGGGGGACUUCUAGAAUUAAUGAAACAUCAGCAAACAAAUCUAAGAGAUAGCUGUAAAUCUAAAAGAAUACAUUACAGAGAUGUGCAUGUCUAUAAACAUCAUAGUAAAAUUUCAGAAAACUAAAGAAAAAGAGAAAUUUUAAUUAAAAAAAACAGAAGAAAGAGAAAUUUAACUUCAACACAGAUGAUUAUACUGUCCUCUCUGAUCCGUGUUUCUCAGUAGAAGCAACGGAAAUGAGACAUCUCCAGUGUGUUGACAAAAGUUCGCACUUGGUCUUUUUAUAGAGUCGUCAAAGGAGAAAAUCAAACAAACUUGAUAUCAUUUUAGUUUUAAUUAAUAAAGACCACAGGGAAGAAGUAGUAUAAAUACAUUUUUCUCUUUAUCGACCCAUACCUUGCCACAGAUGUGGUCUAGGAGUUUGACCUGUCUCUGUUUCUAGCCUCUAGCCACAUUCUUUCUCUCCUCCUCUCCUGAUAAAGUCUCACAGUGUGGUCCAGACUGGGUUCAAACUGGUGAUUCCCAUGCCUCAGCUUCCGGAGUGCAGGAAUUAUGAGUGUGUAUCAUCAUGCGCUAUUCCACAUUCAUUUCUAGUCUAGAAUGUCAACAUAUGACCACGAGAACCUUCUGGAAGUGGUAGUCCCUCAUGGCUGUGUUUUCUCUCCUCUCUUCCUCCCCCCCCCCCCCACAAAAAAUACAGGACUCUCCACAAAUGAGCACAAGUACAAAUAAAAGUCCUUUGUACAUGCAAAGGAAGUGUUGUGCCACUGCACUACAUCCCCACCCCCCAAAUCAGAAAUUCAAUUAUUUUUUCUUGGAGCGUUUCAAACACCUUUUAUGUCAGCAAAUCCCAAAUUUGUCACUGAAGCUCACUUCUUUGCUCAGUUUCAAUUAUAUGAUGGAAGAUCAUGUGUCUAACUACAGGGAUGUUCUGUGGUCACCUUAAACUUUUUAACACCCUAGAUGUGUUUAAGUUAAAAUUUUCCCUUCCCCUAAACUGAAAAAGUAUUUUCCCUCCAGCUCAUGCAUAUCCCUCUUCCUUAUUUUCUUCCUGUGUUCCACUAUCAGUUAACAGCACUAAUAUCAUUUAAUUCUUAAAUCUUGUAAGUGAAGUAAUUUUUCCUUAUUAUAACACUCCCCGUGUGACUGAUCUAUCACUUUAUCCCAUACUAUCUCGUAGUUUGGGUGCAAAUGCAUUACUACAUUUUCAGUUGAGGCCAGUAUCAUCUCCUACCUCUAUUAUUGCAACCAGCUCUUAUCUGUGUCUAGUUUUUUACAUUAUUCCUUCCUAGUUUAUUCUCAACUCUGAAGCAUAUUUCUCUUUAAAAAACAAAACCUUGAUUAUAUAACUUUUCUGUUCAGAACACUUUAACAGUCUUGCAUUUCCAUUGACAUGCCUUGCAAACUCUUUGCUUAGAGAAAAGAAAAGAAAAAGAAAAAACAAAGAGAGGAAAAAAAGAAAAAAUAAACUCUUUGCUUUUCCAAUUUCAGCUUUCACCAAAUUCCCCUUGCUCUGUGCCAUUGUCAUGGUCUUAUGUCAGUUCUUUUGAAUCACACCACUCAUUUAGAUUUGCAGCACCAUGUUUUUUUACUUUUCUGGAGACUGGGGCUUCACUUGUACUUUCUUACCACUGAGCUACGUCUCCAGCCCUCCCAAACAUUAUUUUUGUUCAGAUUAUUUCCACUCAUUUUUCAUGUAUCAGUUUAGAAUAUGCUUUCUCCAGGAAAGCCUUUUUUCUCCACCUCCAAAUUUUGGUUAGUUCCUCUUUGAUCUUAUAUUAGCAUGAGCCUUCUUCCUGGAGGCAGCCACUAUUUUUCAUGUUAAGUGUUCUUUUUUUUUCUCGAUUUUUCAUAGCAGAAGUAGCUUCUGUGUGAUUGUCUUUCAUUCCCUAAUACUUACCACCAUUAAGAGCAUGCUUAAUAAAAAUUCACUGAGCAAAUCAGAGAAUAGAAAAAUAAAAUACUUAGAAUCAUGCCUUUGGAAGCCCUGGAUGACAAAAUAGUGAAAUUCAGUUUCACAGUUUUAUAUUGCCAGAAUCUGGACAGAUCAUACUCUAUUCUCUAGUGAGUAUUUACUUUCUACUGCAGCCAGAUAAGUCUCCGAAGGAGAAUUCCUAUGGAAAUGGUACCAUUUACCUAACCCAAAAUAUCCAACUUCCCCUGAAACAACUAUUUGCACAUACCAGACUCAACUUCGAGUGCCUGAACAUACCCAUCCAGCCUUUUCUGAGAGCAUUUAAUAAUGGCUAGAAGAGAUCUCUAGGUUUACAGUUUCAAUUUUCCUAAGAAUCUCUUCCUCAUCUUUGAAAAUCAAUGACAUGGGAGUCCUUUGAAUUGUCUUUAGUUUUACAGUUGUCUUCAAGGAGAGACCAUGAACUGUUUGAAACAAGGAUUCUAUUUUAAACCGUUUCAUCAGUGCAGCACCAUCGGAUAGUAACUCAUUACGUUAACCACAAAAGCUACGACUCAGACAUGGAAAGGGGCCUAAAGAAGAAAAUUUUAUUUCGGUUAAUUAACAAAUGCAUCCGAUAAAUUAGUAUUUUGUCUCAAACUCGCUCGGCUUUGUCUGAAACCUGACAACCUGUACAGUCACUUGGUGGCGCUGCAGGAUAAGAUGGGAGACUGUUUCCUAGCUGCGGCUCAGUAUCCUCUUAACCAGCGGAAGUGAAAGCACCGGAUAAAACGGCAAACAGGCUGUCUGAAAGGGCAGGGCAGGGACAAGACCCUUCAGAAAGGAGUGCAAGCCUAUAAAUUCCUGAAGGUCCAGGUGAGCGGAGCUGCUCUCUGGGCUGCCAGGGACUGAGUUGAAACAGAACAGCAGAAAGUGUCUUGUCUAAGGAAUGAUGGAGCCAGGAGUGAGGGCUGCUCAGCAUCUAAGGCAAGUGCUGCUUUUUUUUGUUUUCCUGGAAGGGUCCUCGGCUCUUUCCGAGACCUGGAGCUAUUCUGUGGCAGAAGAAAUGGAGACUGGCUCCUCUAUAGGCAAUAUAAUUGAAGAUAUGGGUGUGGGUGACCUGGCCGCACGGGGGGCCAGAGUUAUAUUUGAUGACUAUCAGCCUUAUUUGUGGUUAGAACUCGAGACUGGCAACUUGCUCUUGAAUGAAAAACUGGACAGGGAGGCACUCUGUGGUACCAGUGAACCCUGUAUACUGCAUUUCCAGGUGUUAUUGGAAAAUCCUUUGCAAUUCUUUCAGGCUGAGCUUUUGGUUGAAGACAUAAAUGACCAUUCUCCCACGUUCCUAGAGAAAGUCAUAUUUCUAAAUAUCUCAGAAGGUGCUACUCCAGGAACCUCAUUCCAAAUGGAUAAUGCUCAGGACUUAGAUGUAGGAAUGAAUGGUGUCCAAAACUAUACAAUAAGCCCCAACCCUUAUUUCUACCUUAAGUUAAAAGACGGUGGUAAAGGAAGAAAAUACCCAGAGCUGGUGCUGGAUGGAUCUCUGGACAGAGAAAAGGAGCCUUCAGUUAGCUUAAUACUAACAGCUGUGGAUGGUGGGUCCCUGCCCAGGUCAUCGACUGCACUGAUUCAAGUUGCGGUUGUGGAUGUCAAUGACAACGCCCCUGAGUUUGAAAGAAUGCUAUAUGAGGUUCAAGUACCAGAGAACAGCCCUGUGGACGCACUAGUAAUCAAGGUGUCUGCUACAGAUUUGGACACAGGGAUAAAUGGAGAAAUAUCGUAUUCAUUUUCUCGUGUCUCUAGAGAUGUACGGGAAACAUUCAAAAUCCAUCCAAUUUCUGGUGAAGUCCAUUUGAAAGCACUCCUAGAUUUUGAGGUGAUUCAGUCUUAUACAAUAAAUGUUCAAGCCGUUGACAGUGGGAGUCUCUCUGGAAAAUCAGCCAUUAUUGUUCAAGUUAUAGAUGUAAAUGACAACCCUCCGGAAAUAGUCUUUACAUCUCUUAUGAGCCCCAUCCCAGAAAACUGCUUGUCAGAGAUGGUCGUCGCUGUUUUCAGUGUACGAGACCAAGACUCAGGAGACAAUGGCAGAAUGAUGUGCUCAAUUCAAGACAACCUCCCUUUUCUCUUGAAGCCUACUUUCAAAAAUUUCUACACUCUAGUAACAGAAAAUCCACUGGACAGAGAGAGCAGAGCUGAGUACAACAUCACCAUCACAGUCACUGACAUGGGCACACCCAGGCUCACAACACAGCAAACCAUAACAGUGCAGGUGUCUGACGUCAACGACAAUGCCCCCGCCUUCACACAAACCUCCUACACCCUGUUUGUCCAGGAGAACAACAGCCCUGCCAUGCACAUAGGCACCAUCAGCGCCACAGACUCAGACUCAGGCUCCAAUGCCCACAUCACAUACUCUCUGCUGCCCACCCACGACCCGCAGCUGGCCCUGGCCUCGCUCAUCUCCAUCAACGCAGAAAACGGGCAGCUGUUCGCGCUCAGGGCGCUGGACUACGAGGCCCUGCAGACCUUCGAGUUCCACGUGGGCGCCACAGACCAAGGCUCUCCUGCGCUCAGCAGCCAGGCGCUGGUGCGAGUGCUGGUGCUGGACGCCAACGACAAUGCACCCUUCGUGCUCUACCCGCUGCAGAACGCCUCUGCACCCUGCACAGAGCUGCUGCCCAGGGCGGCAGAGCCUGGAUACCUGGUCACCAAGGUGGUGGCAGUGGACCGCGACUCUGGACAGAAUGCCUGGCUGUCCUUCCAGCUGCUCAAGGCCACAGAGCCCGGGCUGUUCAGCGUGUGGGCUCACAAUGGCGAGGUGCGCACCUCCAGGCUGCUGACUGAGCGAGAUGCUCCCAAGCACAGGCUGCUGCUGCUGGUCAAGGACAAUGGAGAUCCUCCAAGGUCUGCCAGUGUCACUCUGCAUGUGCUGCUGGUGGAUGGCUUCUCUCAGCCCUACCUGCCUCUGCCAGAGGUGGCGCGUGAACCUGCACACGACAAUGACGACUUGCUCACUCUAUACCUGGUCAUUGCCUUGGCUUCUGUGUCUUCCCUCUUCCUCUUGUCUGUGCUGCUGUUCGUGGGGGUGAGAUUGUGCAGGAGGGCCAGGGCGGCCUCUUUGGGUGGCUGUUCUGUGCCUGAGGGACACUUUCCUGGUCACCUGGUGGAUGUCAGUGGGGCGGGGACCCUGUCCCAGAGCUACCAGUAUGAGGUAUGUCUAACUGGAGUGUCGGAUACCAAAGAAUUUCGGUUCCUAAAGUCUGUGUCUCCCAACCAUGAGGUUGUGAAUUGCGUGGAAGAGAAUUCCACCUCUUUGAGUGGUUUUGGAUACAAUUAACAAU